GACAGAGGAAAAAGCAAGAGAGAGGACCCACGUUGGCGUGAAAUUAAACCGCUACUGCGGCCAAGCCAGGGUUGCAUAAAGAGAGGAGAACGAAAGGCACGUAAUCGUGUGACUUGCUUUUUCAAAUAAAUUUCAAAAAUCCAAUGAGAAAAAGCAUUGAAAUACUUUGAAUCUAACUCUUCACCAAAACCUUAUCCCUCACUUCAAAUCAUUUGUUACUGCCAAAGUUUUUUCCCCCCCUGAUUUCUGACCAAUUUUCAGUGCCGGGAAACAAGAUUUUGGUGACGAUUUCUCAACCCUUCAACUUUGUUUCUUGAGUAGUGAAGAAUAUGUGUUGUUUGCUUAUAUCUAGUUGAGUAUCUUUAGAAAUCCAAAUAGCGGAUUUAAGGCUUUUGAUCUUUGCUGGAAAUGGAGCAUCUACCUGUUGAAGUAAUUGGAAAUAUUUUAUCUCGCCUUGAAGGUGCCCGGGAUGUGGUGAUAGCCUCUGCAACAUGUCGAAAAUGGCGUGAAGCUUAUCGGAAACACCUUCACACCUUAGCAUUUAAUUCUAAUGAUUGGCCUGCUUAUUGUGAUAUUUCACCUAUACUAUUAGAGAUCUUGAUUACUCGAACAAUCUUCCAAACAACAGGACUGCAAGGCUUGUCUAUUUUGAUGGAUGAUGCUGGUGAGUUCACGGCUUCAACUGUUAUUGCUUGGCUCAUGUAUACCAGAGAAACCUUGCGCCGGUUGUUUUAUAAUGUCCCGACUAGCCCAAAUGUUAACAUUCUUGCAAUAUGUGGGAGGCAGAAGCUGGAAAUAUUGGCAGUAGCCCACAAUUCUGUAACAGGUGUUGAACCUAAUUUUCAGAGAUUCCCUUGUUUGAAGUCCCUCUCUCUGAGUCAUGUUUCUAUUUCAGCUUUGGAUUUGAGCCUAUUGCUCACUGCAUGUCCAAAGCUUGAGAGCUUGGAACUUGUUGACCCAGAGAUAGCAAUAUCAGAUGCACAGGUGACGGUUGAACUGAGUAGCCCGACACUAAAGAAUAUUUAUGUUGAAGCUAUUAGUUUGGAUAAAUUUAUCCUGGAGACUGAUAGUAUUGAGCGUUUGCACUUGAGGGAUUGUGCCCUUGAGGUUUUUGAAUUGAUUGGGAAAGGCACUUUGAAAUAUUUUAAGAUUGAUGAUGUUAGUGUGAUACAUCUUGACAUUGCUGAGACUGUUGAUAAUCUUGAGGUUAUUGAUGUAAGUAGCUUCACAAUAAUCUGGACAAAGUUCUACCAGAUGAUUUCAAGAUCCUCAAAAUUGAGGAAGCUCCGGCUUUGGGACGUCACUUUUGAUGAUUAUGAUGAGGGUAUCGACUUGGAAACAAUUGCUGUUUGUUUUCCACAAUUGAACCAUCUUUCAUUAUGCUACGAAUUGAGAGAUGGUCUCAUGCAUUAUGGUCUCCAAGGAUCUUCUAAUUUGGAGAAUGUGACAGUGCUGGAGCUUGGAUGGACUGUAAUCAAUGACUUCUUCUCGCAUUGGGUUGAGGAGCUGCUAAAACGAUGCCCAAAUCUUAAGAAAAUUAUUAUUUUUGGGGUUAUUUCAGAAGCCAAGUCACACGAGGAAUGCCAGAUAUUGGCCAAAUUCACCUCAUCUAUUGUUCGGCUUAUGAGGAAAUACAUGCAUGUAGAGGUGCAAUUUGAAUAUGAGUAAAGUUCUCUCAAUUGAAUUUCUAAAGUCAAGUCCUGUAUCAGUUGUGAAUUAUAUGAGCAGAUAUGCAGGUAGAAUUUACAAAAUGUAAAUCCCAAACAUCUUGCCUUUUUGUGUCUUACAAUUCAUUGAUGUCAUUUUUUCAGUUUGAUAGGAAAAUAUAUGCAAUCAAAAGAAUAAGUUGUUUUUUUCACUCAAUUGUCAUUUUGCUCCUUUGCUAUUAUUGAAUAUUGACCAUGUUGUUCUCUUCCAGAAUUGAAGAUCUCUCUCAUUUUUUUGCCUGCAUUCAUAUGGAAUGUCCUUUAUGUAUUAUUUGCCUUAUAUUAACACCUUUGAUGAAGCUAAAGUUUCAAAGAGCUUUAUCCAAAAUUAAUAUUUUGUUUUGUGUGUAUACACAUUAUACCCAUAUUAGUAUGUUCUGCUUAUAAAAUGGAUGAGAAUCAUUGAUAAAAUAGCAGUCCAUGAUUAGAACAUUCCAAGACAAAAUGGUGAGUGCUUGUCUCUUGCUGAUCAAGAUAAAACUACCCCAUCAAAGCAUUUCUACAGUUUUGGGACUUGUACAAUUUGUACAUUUAUUUCGUUGUCAUUUUAUGACUUUGCUUCUGGUUGAACCAAUUACUAGCAGUGUUUGUAUCUUUGGUUCUUUAACUGUGAUUGAUUCUCUUAUCAUGAAACAGGGUGAAUGUUCCUUUUGAAUUUUCUGUUCAGUUAUCAUGUGGAGGCAUAUUGUAGGGUGCACGGGCCACUAACAGAGAUCAUAAAGUACUAAAAGAGUUGUGAUUUUCUUUUGUAUUUCCUUUUGCACUGCAAUUGUUAAUUACCUUUUCAGAAUCCACCUUAGAAACUUGAAUAA